AUGGAACAAUCACUCAGCCGGAAAAGAGAUGAAAUGAUCUCUUUAUUGCCGUGAAUAAGAAAUCCUCCAGAGCUUCAAAGAAAUCAACCACCAGUUAAUAUUGCUUCAAGUUCGUUUGCUAUAAACCUAACAAUGACACUUACAGGAUUGCCUCCAGCUUACAAAAAAGAAAAUACUCCAUGAUUUGAAGGCACUACAUAUCAAAUAACCCCUUUCGGGAUUCGCGAGUCGGCAAGAUUUUGUCAAGAUGGUAAUGUUGUCUUUGGUAAAGCUGACCCAUCUGGCAGGUUUUUCUGCGACGUAAACUUUCCUCAGGAAGACACAAAAAUCGACCCUAUUAGUUGCAUAAUUUUCAGUGUUCCAAAUGGUUUUAGGCUAUCAGAGAGACCUUAUUAUUAUGUGAACUGAAUUGAUUUCGGCCGUAUUCGAAUAUCUGAGCCAGGCUACUAUUAUAUUGACUUCUCAAAAAGUGGAAAUACUGGAGUAAAGCUAUCUGAAGGAGACAAGAUUCUACUUAAAAAAGGAAUGAUGAUAAGAUUUGCUAACAGCAUUAUUGUGGAAGUUUCUGAUAUAUCCUGUAUAGAAAUAGAUGAUUUAUCACAGCCAUAUCUUCCUGUAAAUUCGUCUCCGGAUGAAGUCCGAAACAAUCAGCAAUGAGUAAAUCAGCCAACUUAUACGGGAGAGGAAGGAGAAGAAGAAGAAAAAAAAGGCAGCACAAUGACUGAUUAUACGAUUUCGUUUACAAAUCACACAGGACCUUUUGUAGGAGAAACAUUUAAGUAUCAUUCUAAUCCAAAAGCAGGAGUUGUAUAUGAUAAACUUAUCAUUGGAUGUGGUGGAAAUGGUAAAGAGCCUGACGUGUUUUACCCAAGAGAUACAGGAAUUAGCAGGCAUCAUGCUACAGUAUUUUUGGAAAAUGGAUCAUGGUACCUCACAGAUAAUCAGUCAGUCAAUUUAACUUAUAUUUUGGCCAAAAAUGCUGAACAAUAUACGAAUAAAGAGCCUUCUACACCUCAGCCGCUGUUUUUGCCAAAAGAUCCACAGCAUUCAUAUGAAAAUACGAGUGUGCUAGGAAUAGAAAACUAUAAGUUUUUUUUCUCAUUUUCUAGUUAA